AUGGCUUCUAAACCAGGCAUCCUCACUGAAUGGCCAUGGACACAUCUUGGAAGGUUCAAGUACGUAUUGUUGGCUCCAUGGGUGUUGGAUAGCAUGUCUCCGUUGUUCUUCGAAACAAAUAGCAGGAAAUGGGACUUGAGUUACUCCCUCAAUUUUCCUUUUCUCUUGUGGAGAGUGAUUCACAACCAAAUUUGGAUAAGCUUUUCUCGUUUUAGAACCUCCAAAUCCAAGAAUAGGAUACUCGACAAGCCUAUCGAGUUCGAACAAGUCGACAGAGAAAGCAACUGGGAUGAUAAUAUCAUAAUGCAAGGACUGAUGUUUUAUAUGGGACAAAAAUAUCUGGAGGGUGCUUCAAACCUUCCCAUCUGGAGAACUGAUGGUAUUGUCAUAACAAUUCUACUUCAUACCGGUCCUGUCGAGUUCCUCUACUAUUGGCUUCACAGAUCAUUGCACCACCUUUUUCUCUACUCUAGCUAUCAUUCCCACCAUCACUCCUCCAUUGCCACUGAACCCAUCACUUCUGUGAUACAUCUAUUCGGGGAGCACCUCAUGUAUUUCCUACUGUUUACGAUACCAUUGUUAACAAUGCAUUUAACCGGGACUGCUUCGGUAGUAGGUUUUGCUGGGUAUAUCACUUAUAUUGAUUUCAUGAACAAUAUGGGUCACUGCAACUUCGAAUUUCUACCUUCUUCUAUCUUCACAACCUUUCCAUUCCUCAAGUACAUCUUCUACACCCCAUCGUAUCAUUCCCUCCAUCACACCCAAUUCCGAACAAAUUAUGCACUGUUUAUACCAAUGUACGAUUACAUAUACGGUACAAUGGACAAGUCUAGUGACACUCUUUGUGAAACCUCGCUAAAAAGGACGGAGGAAUCACCGGAUGUUGUUCAUCUAACUCAUCCAACUACGCCGGAUUCAAUCUACCAUUUACGGCUGGGAUUUGCCUCUUUGGCCUCAAAACCAUACAUGAAAAAUACUGAUAAAUGGUAUUUCAUCAUCAAAUGGGUCCUAUGGCCAUUAACAUUUUUGUGGAGCAUACUGUUUCAAAGGAUGUUCAGUCACACAUUUGUACUCGAAAGCAACAUUUUUGAUGAUCACCAUGUAACUAAAAAGAUGCUCAAGACACAAACAUGGGCAAUACCUAGAUAUUCUUAUCAAUACAAAAGGUUGUCACGGCAAAGAGGAACAAUAAACAGUUUGAUUGAGAAAGCCAUACUUGAUGCUGAUAAAGCUGGUGUUAAAGUCUUAAGCUUAAGCCUCUUUAAUCAGGCACGUAUUUAUCCUGAUUUAGCAGAGCUAGCUUGGUUAAAAAAAGAAAUUAUUAAUGAAAACGAAAGCACAUAUUAG